AUGCCACCACCAAAGACUUACAUUCUCCCACCCACCUUCGACUACCCCCCCAACUCCUCCAUCCGCCUCGGCAACCUCCUAACCGAACCCUUUACCCCGCACCGACCCCUCGCCGUCCUCCCCGCCGAAUCCCUCCCCGACAUCGCCACAACCACCCAAACCAACCUCACCAUCACCCACACCACCAACCGGGGCGCCUCGCUCUCCCUAUCCGCUCACCUCCUCGAACUCGCCGGCCUCAAAGCCGCCUCAGAGUUCUCCCUGUCCGGCAGCACCACGUACUCGGCCGCCACGGUGACGACGCGCUUCUGCGAGCCCGACGAGGCGGCCAUCCAGAAUCUAGUCAUGGCCACGCCGCGCGCGAAGCGCAUCCUCUUCCCUAGCCGUGGGAUUAGCGGACGGUUGUUUGUGAUUACGGGUAUCAAGACUGCGGAGGGAUUUUCCGUGUCGAGGGAGAGUGGGGUGCGGCGUGGCGGGACGCUGGGGGCGGAUGUGCCGCUUGCGGCGGCCGUGCCGGGGUUGGCGGUGGGUGCGGAGGUGGGGGGGGAUAGAGAGAAGGGGGAUGAGGAGGCGUAUGCGGUUGAGGGAGAGGUGGUGAUUGCGUAUAGGGUGGUGGUGGUGGGGAAAAGGGGGUGGCGGCGGGGAGGGGAGUUGGAGUUGGUUGAGUAUAGGGGGAAGGGUAGGGAGAGGAUGCUUGGUGACGAUGAUGCUAAUGCGGGGGAUGGGGAGGAGAUGAUUGAGGUUACGGAAGCAGGGAGUGAGGAUAUUGGUUAUGAGGAUGACGAUGGUGAGGUGAGUGUCAAAAAGGCUGUGGUGGAGAGUGAGGAGGGCGAGGUGGUGGUUUUUAGUAUGGAAGAUGAGCUGUUGGAGGGUUAG